AAAUUGACCUUUGACCCUUCUAUUUUGACGCUGACACUUUUGAUUUCAAUGAGGGUGAAUUUUCUCACGGGAUUUGUCGAUAGUUUCACUUCCCCGACCGACCAACCAUGGAACCGACUGGAUGUACAUGUUAUAUGGUUCCUUGUGAAUGUUUUCUGUGUCCAGAUUGAUUCUAAAAGGUCAUCAGCGGAACCGAGAAGCGGUGGUUUCAGAGGGAGUAGCCAGUAAGCCGUGUUCUGCGUGGGUGUUACUUUUGAUGCCUGCCUUCCGAAGUUGCGUUUGACAGUUGUACACGUGGGAGCUAAAGACAGUAACGCUUGGAGGAUUGCGUGUGAGGAUUGCAUCAACUGUGGCGCCCGUGUAACUUCCCCACAAUAGAAAAGAGAACGGUGGUGAUAACAUGGCAAACUCAAGAGGUGCCAUAGCUGUCUUUGUUGCCAGGAAUCCUUGUACAGAAUGCCUCCUCACCUACAAUAAUGACAGAGGAUGGUGGCUGCCCUACACAGAGGUGGGGGACGGAGAGAGUUUUGUGGAGGCAGCUACAAGAGUAGUCAAGGAGCAGUGUGGCCUUGACUUAGAUAUUGAUGGAGUUCUGGAGGUGAGACAGACCACACUGAUGACAUCAUCCCAUCCCAAGGUCAUGGUGAUCUUGUCUGGCUCACAGGAGGGACAUGAUCACAGCAUACCUUUGGAACAACAAAGCAAAGCAUCAUGGUAUAGUCUUCAGCAGUUGCAGCAACUCUCCACUCAGCAUCAAGGCCUGUUGGGAAAUGAGCCAAUCAGCUGGUUCAGGCAUGUGCAGAGCAAUGGCCAUGUUGCCCCACUGUCUGUGCUCCAUUCCAUCACCAUGGCAAGGGAGAGGGACAGCUUUGAGGAACAUGAGGAAAGCCUCCUGAAGGCUGCUAAGUUCAACCAGGAGGAACAGGAAGAUCUCCUGCACGAUUUCUACUCUGUGUGCUACCCCAGCAUUACCAUGGGUUGCCAUACAUUCAUCAGGUAUUUUUCAGAUAAAGAAGUGCCAACAGAGAAGUGCAGAAACCUCUUCAGGGCAUUUGAUACCAGCAAUCUGAGCGUGAUUAAUGCAAAAGACUUCUUGAUGGGCAUGGCAGCUCUACAACCUUGCGUCCCACAUGGAGGAAUGCCUGCAGAAAUUCGAUGUCGCUACAUUUUUAGAUACUACAACAAGAACUCUGAUGGGGUCUUGAAGCAAGAAGAGCUUCAGUCAAUUGUUGCAGACAUCUUUGAGUGUAAAGGAAGGCAGCUUACAGCUGAAGAGUUGGCAGAAGAGACGGCCAAGGCUAUAAAACUGUUUGGAAAUGAUGACAAUGGUGGAGUGGCCCUCGCAGACUUUCUCAGUGCCGUGGGAUCACUGAAAUUCCGGGGUACAUCUCUGUUAUUCAGACUACCUCAUGACUUCACCGGAAAUCUGGACGCCAAGAUGAAUAAUCUGGGGGCUGGGGGCCGGGAUUUCCCUGAUGCUGCCCAGCGUAGAGAGAGAAGACCAUCAAAGAGAAAGAAAUGGGAAGCUGGCAAUGAGUCGGACAGUUCAGGCAAGGAGUCAGAAGUCGAGCUACCAGACGUAGACAUUGGGAUUAAGUAUGAGCUGGCUCUGCAUUCCGUAAAGGUGAGGAGGACAGGUGUUGUGUCAGAUGUGAACACCCUGUGGGACCUACAAGGCACCAGCGCCCUGAGCCAUAGCAUUGGGACUGUUCUGGAGGGGGACAAGACUCGCUUCCAGCGCCUGCCUUCUGUACAGUGCUUCAACCAGAAGUCUCAUCCCAACGAGAUGCUGACUGGCCUGCGCUACUUUGAACGUCCAGUCAAGCGGCCUGAUGGAACAAUUGAAAAGAAGAGUUUUGAGUGGGGCCCUGUGAACAAACCGGCCUUUGCUAAGUGUCUACUGUCCAUCUGCCAUGAGGUGAAGAAUGUCUUCAUGGAUGAACCUCGGCUUCUCAAAGUGCAGGCACCUAUUUACAUACUAGGUGACCUGCAUGGAAACUUCCAAGACUUGGUGUGUUUUGAGAAGGCCCUAUGGAGGAUGGGGGUCCUGCUGACUCCUGCCUCCUUCCUGUUCCUGGGGGACUAUGUGGACAGGGGAGAGUACGGCAUUGAAGUGGUAGCGUACCUCUUUGCCCAGAAGCUGCUUGUUCCAGAUAAGGUAUUUCUUAUCCGAGGGAACCAUGAGCUGCGUGCAGUCCAGGAAAGGUUCUCCUUCCACACGGAGUGUCUCCAGAAGUUUGGUGAGAAGCUGGGGCUGGAGGUGUGGGAGGCCAUUAACCAGUGUUUUGAUGCCAUGCCGGUCGCUGCAGUGGUGGACAACAACAUCUUCUGUGCACACGGCGGGAUCCCCAGUCUGUGGCACAGCUCGGGCCUGCUGAAGGACAUGGAGAACAUCCCAGUACCACUGCGCGAUCCUGAAAAUGAAAGUCCUCUGGCAUGGGAACUGAUGUGGGCAGAUCCUCUAAGUUCUGACGACGUUGGUCCAGAAAUGCAGGAAGAGCUGAAAACAAACCAUGGCUUCACACAGAACCCCAAACGUGGCACGGCCCAUGCCUUCAGUCACCAGGCACUACAGGACUUUCUGGUGAGGAAUGGACUCUCCCAUGUCGUCAGGGCUCAUGAGGUGCAACAGGCAGGAUUCCAGGUACAGCAACAUGGCAAACUGCUGACUGUCUUCUCAUCCUCUCACUACUGUGGUGGGACUAACGAGGCAGCGUGUGUGCUGGCUGACAGGAACAAGAUCCGUACCAUACGAUUAGACACAACCUAAGGCAGUGUUAAAAAAUGUUCAGUACAUCAGUAUGAAGACUUGCAUUUACAGCCUUGACAGCUGAUUGUUUAUCUGAGUAGGAUUUUUAAACAGUUACUGUUUUCCUUGAUUUUACAAGUGUUUGUACAAUGAUUAUUAUGAAUCUUCAGAGAUAUAUGUAGUCCGAUGCUCAACAACCAACCUCUUACACACAGCAAGGAAGAACAGGUACCAGGUAAUUAUAGUUGCCACACAGGAUUGAACUGCAUGUGGCUUCUCAUAACUGAAGUGUCUAGUGCCAAUUGUUCAUGGUGUGGAUUGAUCAUCAUAGUUCAAGUUCAAGCUUCAUUGGAAAACAAAGUUAACAAAGCUGAGUUGUUUAAAUGGAUGUUAAAAGAAGUGGAACCUGUUGGUUUAUGCUCUAAAUGUAUCAAGUAGACCAUAAAUGUCUGUAAUUGUUGCUUAUGAUAUGAGAUCUAAGAAACAUCUUGCUAAGCUAGGCUUGUGCUUUGAUAUGUACAUUGUUGCAUUUUGAUAUGUUGUUUUGAAUGAUAUUGGUCUUUUUUUCAUUUUUUAAAAAACAUCUUUAGUAUUUAAGUGCUGUUACAGUAUUACAAGUUUUAAUAUUGCUUAACAUUAUAAUUAUAAGAUCAAAGUACUCUCAUGUUCUUUUUUGUACUAUUAGUAAGUACAAGGAUUUAUAUAAAUGUUUACUGGUUGUUAUUGUUCUAUGCUGUUAUAGAUGGGUAUUGAUUACUGUCGAUUAGAGAUUCAACCUGUGAUAUUGUCAAUCUCACCAACCAUAGCUCAGUCUUCUUGUCAUGUCAGAGUUAAUUUCUUUCUAAGAAUGCCUGACAUUUGUUUCCUCAGUCAAUUUGGCAAUAAUCCACAAUGGUUGUUCCUUGUUUGAGAAAUUCAGUUUCAAUAUCACAGUUCCGGAAGUAUCUAAUGUAGUUUACUGUAAUAUUGGUAGAGAUGAGUAUGUAUAUUCUCUGCAGAAAGGUUUUGAGGACCUGUACGUUGUACAGUGUAUCCAGAUUUUGAAAUAUUUCUAUUUUGUAGUAUGUUUUGUAAACCCACAGCUUAGUAUGUCAUACAAUUGUGGUAACAUGGAUGCCAUUGAAAUAUUGACACUACUAUAUUCAAUAUAAUGGAUUGUAAGUUCAAUGUAAAGCAGCUGCUGCAGAAUCCUCAAAAUGAUGAGGGCGGCAGCCCUACCGAAAGAAGAAGAAGAAGAAAGCUUCACGUUGUAAAGGAAUUCUUAUGUUUAAAACAUUCAAUUCAGCAAUGAUCAAGACUCCAGUGUGGUUUUAUACUUCGUUAACUUAGUGACCAGUCUUGUUUUGUACAAUGAUGUGUUUCUAUUUUUGUAUGUCUUUUUCAUAUGGAAAGGAGUAGUAAAUGCUCAAGUG